UCUAAAGUUGUCUAUAGGUGAACUUAAGGCUGAGUUAAGGGAAAUAAAAAACAGUAAGUCAGUAAAUGCUGGAAACAUCGAAACCGAUACCGAGAUAUCCAAACUAUCAGAUCAGAUCAGUGAUAUCAGAUCGCAGGUCUGUGAAUUGACACCUCUAACUAUCCUCAUGAAAACUGUAAAUCUUAACAAGCUUGACACAGAAUCGGUAACUAGGGUAGAUAACCUCAUUAAUUUUGUUACCACAGAAGUAACAAAACGACUCGACGCAAAACUGAGUGCUAUUGUCUACAACGUUCCGGACAAUGAGGCACUAAAAAAGGUACAGCGCAUCUUACUUAGUGAAGCGAAAAUGCCUAACUCCAAGACUAAGUGCUAUAGGCUGAAGAAGAGUCAACAUGAAAAGUGUUGUCCUAUUCGUUUUCAGUUCGAAACACCGGCAGAGACAAGAAAAUUCAUCCACUCCCAACACACCCUAUCGCAAGCCAAAAACUACAAACAUAUAAAGGUCGGGGUGGACAAAACAGUCAUAGAGAGGCGCGCACACAACUAUCUCACUAAGACUAAUUGUGAAACAGGUAAUAGGACAUUGCAAGCAGCCAUUAUUCCCAACCCUGUGAAAGAUACAGUAGACCCCACCGCAUCACCCCUCUCAAAACACACAGAAUUAUCCCAUCAGAGUGCAACACCAGCUGAAAGGCCACUACACUGUAAGCAAAUAAAUAACAGAACCACACCACCCAUCACCGCAGAAUCUAAAAUGCCAUUAAAUAACCCCAGAAAAAAAGUCAAAAACCCCCGAAAUUCGACUUUGUCAUCUCCUAGCCAUAACUUCAUUGCUAAAGGUAAGGAAAAUAUGCCCCUAAAUCAUACCAACAAAAACAGUGGCAGCUUAAAUAAACCCACACUUCCCACGGUCAAUAGUACUAGCACCCACAACGUGCUUAAUCGCACCAUGGCACACACUGAUAUCCAAUGUCACAACAAUGUCACCCUCAAUAGUACAAGUGGUAAUAGUCAGAACUCGGAUAUCAACAACUUAGGGUCUUCAGAGUAUGGCACACAAACAAAUUUUGACCGGAUAUAUGGUACAAGUCUGCUGGGAACUAACCCACAAUGCAGUACACAUGAAACCCACACAAGGACACAACUAGCAUCAAACAAUAGGUGGAAUAAUAAGCCAUGGUCAUCAAAAGGAUCCAAUCAUUUUUUAUCCCCCGCGUCCCUGUCAGCGUUGAAAAAACAGCUGGUAGGGAUGUUGACACUCCUAAACCACUAGAGCUGGCUCCCUCCUUGCAUGAAAACAGGAACGGUCUAGUGCACACGUAUCCAUUAGGCACACUUGACACCUGCACAAAUAUAGGUCAAAUAAAGAACCCUACCCACUUCUGUAACCUAACUAAAAAUAAAAAUUCCUUGGUCUAUAGCAAAUCCAGUACUCCAACUCCUAAUUCUCCACCGAAAACAGCACACACCAACUCGAUAGACAUAGGUGAGCAUGAUGCUGGAACUCCUCUUAACAUAGGAUCAUCAUGUCAAGCAGAACUACUGUGUGCUGAACCAUAUUCGGGGUUGACUAACGAACUUAAAUACUUCAAAUGCUACUUCAACUCUCAUCUUUACCUAAUCCUCAUAAAUGCUAGAUCUGUUCUAAAUAAAUUGCCGAUGCUCAGAGCACUCACAGUAAUAUACAAACCCCCUGUAAUUGUCAUCACUGAAUCUUGGUGUCAUUCGAACAUCUUGGAUGAAGAAAUAAGCUUAGAUAACUACACACACUUUCGGUGUGACAGGGAAGGUGGUAAGGGAGGGGGUUGUCUCAUGUACUUUCUGAAUGCACUUACUGUAUCACAGCUAGAAAGUAGUACACUUAACAUGCCUGAGACUCUAUGGGUUAAUGUACACUUAAAUAACGUAACAGCAUUAAUUGGAUGCACCUACAGAGCACCUGGCACCUUUAGUAAUUACGAGACCCAACUUAUUAAUACUCUGGAGCAUUUAUCCGACUUACAAUACGACCAUAAGAUCCUAUGUGGGGACUUUAACUUACCUGAAAUCAACUGGGAUAUACCCACAGGCCCAACUAAAUUUGAUAAGUUCUUAGGCACACUGGAUAUACUUGGCUGGAAACAAACUGUCACCACUCCCACAAGAGGUAACAACGUACUAGACUUAAUCUUCUGCCACAAUAUAAGCCCCCUUUCAACGCUAGUAGGUUCUGAGUUUCCAGGGAGCGACCACAAAACAGUGAUGUGUGCACUGCCAAUUCCGCUGAGUAGCAAUGCAGCUCAUACCUCCACUUCACAACAAGUAAUAUAUAGGAACUAUAGUAAGGCAAACUGGGCCUUGGUAGAAUCAAUGCUAAGAUCCUCCGAAUGGGAUGAAUACUUCACUACUGAUGACCUCUCGAGAGCCCUAACCAUCUUCUACCAUAACACUAACACAUGCUUAGAUGCUGUCAUUCCACUACAAACACUAAAGGUUUCCCCACACAGAAAGUCAUUCAUAAAACCAAAGGAUCGUAUGAAACUGAAGAAACUCUCAACAAGUUACUUCAAACAGCAUGACUUUGGCACUCUAGGUCUAAUACUUAACACCCUUAGCUCCGUCUCACAAGCUCGAGAUUUCCGUAUGAGAAACGAAGAACGCAUCGCAGUAGCCAGUCCUGCUAGAGUGUAUGCACUCACAGAAAUCUUAAGGAAGCGAAUGAAUCGCAAAAACCACAGCAUUUCUCUCCUCAUAGACAAAGGUAGGCUAUGCACUAACUCUGCAGACAUAUGUGAACUAUUCAACAAAACGUUUGCAGGUAACUACAUUAAGCCCUCAGUCCAGCUACUCGAUAUACACCCUAUUAAUAAUAUGGCACAAACACCAUCUCCACUCACACCAAACCAAAUUAGUACUGUAAAAUUCACUUAUGCUAAUAUUAACCAAACUAUAAGAACCCUCAAAAGUUCAAAAGGUUUCGGUACCGAUGGUAUAUCAUCUUACUUCUAUAAACACGGUGGCCCUGACAUUCCUCUACUGCUGCUUAAAAUAUUCACAAUGUCCCUAGAAACUCAAACUUACCCUGACAUAUGGAAGACUACAUUCAUUAUGCCUAAACACAAAUCUGGCUCGAAAACUGAAGUCAGUAACUACCGGCCGAUCAAUAUCACACCUAUAGCGUCUAGAAUUAUGGAGAGACUAGUCAAAGAUAACUUAAUCAAACAUAUGCUUAGCCGCAAUAUUAUAAGUCCGAACCAACAUGGAUUCCUGAAAUCCAGAUCAUGUUUAACGUGUCACCUAGACUUCUUCAAUUUCGUAACCAGCAGUCGUGACAGACGGCAACUAGUACUUGUCAUCUACUUUGACAUUUCUAAGGCAUUUGACCGUGUUGACCAUCUACUGCUAACAAAUAAGCUGAACUCCUUAGGAAUACGUGACCCAUUAUUAGGCUGGCUUAAAUCAUUCCUUAACAAUAGGUCCCAAAUAGUUAAACUCGGGUCUGCAACCUCCAAACCUAGCCCUAUCACUUCUGGUGUAGUACAAGGUAGUGUCAUUGGACCCCUCCUAUUUACGCUAUACAUCAAUGACAUAUGCGCUUGCUUCACGCACGGGAAACCAUUCAUCUUUGCGGAUGACCUAAAAGUAGCUUAUACAUUCCAAAGUGAUGACUUAGGGAACUUCGAGAAUGUAGUGCAGAAGGAAUUAGAUAAAAUGACUGCUUGGUCGUCCCUAUGGAAUCUCCAAUUCAAUCUGAACAAAUGUGGCUGGAUCUGCUUUGGCGCACCCUCAAUUGACCUGAAAUUAACGCUCCAAUCUGCUAACCUAACAAGACUCCGAAGUGUUGUUGACUUAGGCCUUAGGUACUCUAGUGACCUGACAUUCUCUGAGCAAGUAGCAGCACAGACUAGAAAAUCGAGGAUGCUCUUAGGAUGCAUACUCAGGAACUUUCACGACAAUGAAGCCAAGCUAAUUUUGUACAAAACAUGUGUCAGACCACUACUAGAAUACUGUCCAUUUAUUAUAAGCAGCACUCGCACACGUGACAAGCUAAGGAUGGAAAGUAUCCAACGAUAUUUUACCUCAAAACUCCUAGGCUAUGAUUGUAAGAAAGACUACAUCUCACGGUGUAUGAUCCUAAAACUUGACCCACUUUGGACAAGGCGACUUAUUAUAAACCUAAUAUUCUUCUUUAAGGUCCUUCACAAAAUAUCAUUCUCAGGGAACAGGGACAUACAAUUCGCACAGGAAGGUUCUUACGAUCUACGUAACCAAACUUCCACAGUGACAACUCAUUCUUUUAGGUUAACACUCCGUGAAAACUUCUUCACAGUCAUGUAUUCUAAAAUAUGGAAUAGCCUGCCUAUAGAUAUCAGAACUUGCUCUUCAGUUACAAGCUUCAAACGCUCUCUAUACAGACUGUUUCACUCUACUGAUUAUAUUAAUAAACUAUUUACUCCUAGAACGAAUCAAUCACUAAUCUACUACAGCACCUAAAAGACGCACUCCAACACCCUUAGCAAUCUUUAAACUAUAAAUAAACUAGCAGCAUGGA